AAACUAUUAGAAUAUUUGGAAUUGUGGAAGAAUACAACAAUAUUAACUACAAAAGAAGAAGUGAUUGUUAGAAAAACUGAAAUAAACAAUGAAUAUCAAUUGCAACUCAAAUUGCAUGAACCACGCAUUCGUCGAGUGAAAGAAGAUGUAGCAAAUGUACGAUUAACUGAAUUAGCCCUACAUCAAACCCGAAUUGAACGACAUAUCACAUCAGUCAAUUUAAUAUUGAAUGAAAUGAAAAGUAAUUCGCUGAAAACACUAACUGAAACAUUGAAUAAGUCGGAAGAACAAAUGAAUGCGGCAAUUCAAAACGCAAUCAAUUCAACAUUGAAUAAAGCCACGAAAUCUUCAAUACUCCUAUUAUUACGUAAACGUGUUGAACAUUUGGCUAAUUCCCACACGGAACGUGUACGUCAAGCAUUGAAAUUAUUUCGACAAGAUAUUGAAAAUCAAAUACAAACUGUGAAUAAUUCUAAUUUAAAAUUAAUUGAAUCAUUAGA